AUGGUUCUGGAGCAUUUUGACGUGACUGCAGAAGAGUACGUGGUAGUGUUCACUGCUAAUGCAACACAUGCUCUACAAAUGGUGGCGGAUAGUUUCAAGUUCGAUGAAAUGUUAUCAGCAGAAACGCGGUUUUCUUCUCUCCCUGGAGGAAGAGGGCCAAUGUUUGCCUACUUGAGGGACUCACACAACUCAGUUGUCGGAAUGAGGGAAAUCGUCAAGGAAAAAGUAGGACACAUUAUGUGCGUAGACAGCUGUGAAGAUCUUUUCAUCAGUACUGAUUGUGGUCUCUUUGCAAUGACUGCGAUGAGUAAUUUCUGUGGCAAAAAAUACGAUCUACACCUCAUAGCCAAGCUGGAGCGAUUAGGUAUGCUUAGUUCAGAGCUCCAUCGGUCGUAG